CAGAAACGCUUAGUUGCUUUACAGCCGCUAAACCUUAAACAAGUGAAGCGUUAAAUAACAUAAAAGGAAAUAUUUUUGUCCCCAUAAAGGGAAAAAAGAAGAAAAGUGAAAUAAAAGAAGCAUUGAAAAUUCAUGUACCACCGAUUUAAAUGAAAGAAGCAAAGUGAAAUCGUGAACAAAGAAGUGCCUUUGAGCUACAAAAGAAAAGUUAAAUUCAAAAUAAAUCUUUGUGUAUAUCCCUGAUGAGAAAUAUUAAAACUUAUAGCAUUGUAAAAUAUUAACUUCCUGUUUUAAAUAAACAAAAAAAAAGUUUAUAACCAACCUGCUAUAAAUAUGCCGGCAGAAAUCUGCACACAACAAUACAUCGAACCAAGAGCAACUGCUCCUUUGGCCACUGUUGCAGCAGCCCCAGACGCUGUAAACGAAAAAAACUCCCUUCCCCCAUCGCCCAGCGAAAGUAAAAAGUCAUUCAACAUGAACAAACUCUGCCGUCAAGUGUCAAUUGAGUCGCCUGGAGCUCAGGUUAAAAAUUGCGUCUUCAAUUUCUUUGUACCCAUCGAAGAUACCCCAGAACAUGGGGCCCGCAUCAAAAUUGUUUGCGCUGGUGCCUGUUAUCGUCGCCGUGAUCGUUCCGCCUCUAUUACGAGCAUGUCAUCGGUAUCCUCGGAUUUGAGUGAUUAUUGUCCCUCAAUUACAUCACAAUCUUCACCCGCCCAUGCGGGCGUACGUGAAGGUUCAUUCUUUCCCGGUUUCGAAGUGGCAGGAGUAAUUGAAUCGCUGGGCAGUAAAGUGACAGAGGAAAAUAAUUCUGGUCUACGCAUUGGACAACGCGUCAUUGUCUAUCCCUUCGAUGAGGCUCCUGCAGGUUAUGCUGAGUUGCUUGUUGUGCCAGAUUUGAAAUAUGUUGUACCCAUACCAGAUUCUUUGCCCAUCACUGUGGCCGCUAUGUUACCCACUGGCGCCCUAUUGGCCAUGAAUGCAGUCUUCAAGGCCCAAGAAGUUGUUACGGAAAUGUUGAAAAAACGCCCAACUGAGGAAGCCAAUAAGAAAUGCAAGAUUUUAAUUGUAGGCACUGGAGGUUUGGCUUUGUGGGCCGUUCGCAUUGCUUCGUAUCAUUUUGCCUCGACUGGGGCCAAUAAUUAUAUAGAUGUAACUGUGGCAAGUCUACGAGAUGAGGGUUUCCGUUUGGCCACAGAGAUCAAAAAUGUCAGUGUUGUUCAGUGGAACGAAUGUCUCUAUGAGCCCCAACUUAUUGAACGCACCAAAAAUGUCUGCGGUGGUCCUGUGGAUGUUGUCAUUGAUUUUGGCACCACCUCACGCAGUCUUCAUCGUUCCAUGCACUGUCUCAACAAGGGUGGGGUUGUUUUAAUCAGCGAUGAAGUGGCCGAGAAACUAUUACCAAAGUUCUCACGUCUCUCCGUGGAAUAUCAACAACAGAUUAUACCAAUCUCGACAGGCACAGUAGAGCAAUUGCGAGAACUUGUCGAUUUGGUAGCAGAUAAGAAAAUCGAACCACCUCCACAUUCGGUUUUCCCUUGCGAACAAGCAGCUGAAGUUAUACAGAAGCUAUGCAACUCAGAAAUUCCAGGACGUGCUAUUCUGCGUUUUCACGAUGUGGAAUAGAUUGGACAUAUGUAGGAACAUUUUUGUUAUAAUGAAAAAAAAAAUGGAAAACAUUUUAAAGUAUUGUCAGGUUUAAGAACAAAUUUUUAAAAUUACAAGGACAUACAAAACAACCAUGAAGAGAAACAACAAACUCCUUGGAAAUCAUACACCCACAUGCAUAAAUUUAUACAGAACAUAUUUUUGAAUACAAAAAAUCCCCUUCUCAUUAGAUAUAAAAAAAACUAUUUAAGGGCAGGGUACACUUAAGAAUGUAGUGACGAGGAUUCAUUUUGGUUUCAGGGAAUUCAAAUGCAAGACCAUAGUUACGUAACUUGCCAAAAACCAAAAGUUGAAAGGUCGAAUGAAAAAUUGAAGUUGUUAAAAAAAGCUCGAUUAAAAAUGCAACAAA